UUAAUAUUUUCGCCCCCCUUCCUAGUUAAUGUUUAAAGACACUCAUGUUUGUUUUCGGCUAUUUUUUUACAUUUUGAGAAACAUUAUCUAAAUUUAAUCGGCUGUAUUUCAGUUAAUAUUAGAUUUAAAAAUUCGUUUUACCAAGCAAAUUGAAUGCUCUACAACUUUUCACUAUACUAUAAUACAUAAUAUAUGCUUAGUUUAUGUCUCGUCACUGAUACAGAUAAUAGAUAGCAGUGGCACUCGUUAAUAAUGAUGUCUUCAACUCGUAGUACGCGUUUAUCAUGCAGUAGCUCUAUCCUUAGUAUAUGAUCUAAGACCGUGAUCUAAAUAUAAACCACGGUCUUAGAUUAUAGAUAAACCAUAGACCUAAUCUAUGGGGCUAUGGUUGUAACAUUGUUGUCAAAAUUUGUGAUAACUUGCUUAUGUUUAUAAACAAAUUCAAUUCUAAAACAUGAUUGGAGUGGCUUUUAAUGAUGUUUAAUCGAGUUUGCGUAGUUAUUAUACAACUCGAAUAAUACAUUAAUUAUUUGAUCGAUACGAUUAUUGUCUGCAUGAAGAUAUUGCAUGUGCCAUCGUCCGUUCGGAUUUUUAAUUCAAAUCUGUUUGGCGUGUUCGACUUCAGGUACCAGAAAUUCAAAACGCAAAUUGACGGCUAAAAUAACAAAAUUUCAGUAAUCGAUAGCUUUUUGUAAUUAACUAAUUUACAUAGUUUACGAGUAAAACUGUUCAAAAAUGAAGAAAAAAGUACUAUUAAUGGGUAAGAGUGGUUCUGGGAAAACCAGCAUGAGAUCUAUAAUAUUUGCUAACUAUAUAGCAAAAGAUACUAGACGACUAGGGGCAACUAUUGACGUUGAACAUUCUCAUGUUAGGUUUCUUGGAAAUUUGGUACUCAAUCUUUGGGAUUGUGGAGGACAAGAAGCUUUUAUGGAAAAUUAUUUUGUUAGUCAGCGAGAGAAUAUAUUUCGUAAUGUAGAAGUACUUAUUUAUGUAUUUGAUGUUGAAAGUCGUGACGAGGAAUUAAGAAGAGAUUUGAGAUAUUACCAGACUUGUCUAAGUGCCAUUUAUGAAAAUUCUCCAACUGCUAAAGUAUUUUGUUUAAUACAUAAAAUGGAUUUGCUGCAAGAGGACCAAAGAGAUAAGAUAUUUUCAGAGCGUGAAAAUGAAAUAAUAAACAUGUCCAAACCUGUGCAAGUUACUUGUUUCAAGACAUCUAUUUGGGAUGAAACACUAUACAGAGCUUGGUCUUCAAUUGUAUAUAAAUUAAUACCCAAUGUUAAAGAACUAGAACAGAGUCUUAAGUUAUUUGCAGAACUAAUGGACGGCGAUGAAGUGUUAUUGUUUGAACGUGCAACGUUUCUUGUUAUAUCUCAUUGUCAACGCAAUUUACAACGUGAUAUUCAUAGGUUUGAAAAAGUGUCUAAUAUUAUAAAACAAUUCAAACUAAGUUGUAGCAAAGUAGCAGCUCAAUUUCAAAGUAUGGAAGUGAGAAAUUCUAAUUUUGCUGCUUUCAUAGAUUUAUUUACAACCAAUACAUAUAUAAUGGUAAUUAUGUCAGAUCCACACAUUCCUUCAGCAGCAACUUUAUUGAAUAUAAAAAAUGCUCGGAAACAUUUUGAAAAAUUAGAACGCACAAGCCAAGCCCAGCAAAGGUCAGAACAAUCAAGUAAGUAUAAAUAAAUAAAAACUUGGUUGUUAGUUCAGAAUAAAAUGUAUUAUAAAAAUGUUUAUUUGUUAUUUUUUGAUAUAGUAUAAUCAUUUAUUUAGUUUUAAGUUAUUUAAAAAUAAUUGUUCAUUAUUAUUAUUAUAGGUAAUAGCUAGUUUAUCUAUUUAUACAAGUUAUAAUAUCUGUUUUGAUUUCUCCAGUUAAUAUUACUAUUAAGAUAUAUGCCUUCGUGAUUAAGAUUAUGCUAAAAAAAUUUUUAUAUUAACAUUUUGGUAUUGUAAAAAAUUUCAAUUGAUACAUUCAUUGUUCUUUAUAGGCACAUAUUCAGUAUUUAAUAUUUAACAAUAUUUACUUGAAAAUGUGCUAAUUGACAAACUGUUUUGAAAUAGUUUUAUAAACUAUUUUGCACAUUGACAUAUAAUUAACAAGAAUUGUUAUUAUAAGUCAUUCAAUUUAUGCAAAAGUUAUUUAUUUGUUAAAAAUAGGGAACAUCAAAAUAUCGUAGAAAAUUAGUAUUUUAACAAAUAUAUUGUACGUAUAUUAAAAAAAAAAAAAAAAGUAGUUUAAGAUUUAAUUAAAUAAAAUUAAAAGUUUAUUAUUGAUUAAGAACCAUUUUAAAUAUGUUUAAAGCCUUUGAAAAUUUUUUUUUUUUUUAUAGCAUAUGGCUUUGGUGUAAAUAUUAAGUGAUCCAAAUAUAAUAACAAUAAACAAAAAUACAAAUUCAAUAUAAGUAAAAAUAAAAAAUAAAAAUUGUUAAAAAUUGUAAGACAAAAGUGAUAAAUAAUGUAUAUUGUUCAUAAAAUGAAAAAAUUGUAUUUCAUUCUAAAAAUUUAACUGUUUAAUUAUUCAGUACAGAGACUACAUUAAAAAUUAUUUUUGUCAUUUUAACUAUCCAGUUAAUACUGUUCUUUAAAUAUAUAUUAAUUAAAAAAAUGCAUAACAAAUAUUUGAUGGUAUAGCAUCAAUGAUAACAUUAUUUACACCUUAUAAUUUUUCAAAAACAGAAA